AUGGAAAAGUACGAGAAAAUACGUGUGGUUGGUCGAGGGGCGUAUGGAAUUGUUCAUCUAUGUCAAAGAUUGAGUGAUAAGAAGUUAUUUAUAAUAAAACAGAUUCCUGUUGAACAGAUGACAAAAGAUGAAAGACAAGCAGCGUUAAAUGAAGUGAAAGUUUUGUCCAUGUUAAAUCAUAUUAAUAUUAUAGAAUAUUAUGAGAACUUUCUAGAAGAUAAAGCUUUGAUGAUUGUAAUGGAGUAUGCUCCAGGUGGAACAUUAUUAGAUUAUUUACAGAGUAGAAACGGUCAGCUACUGGAUGAAGAGGAAAUUUUAAAGUUUUUCGCUCAGAUGUUGCUAUCUCUACAACAUGUUCAUUCCAAACAAAUUUUACAUCGAGAUUUAAAAACACAGAAUAUUUUAUUGGAUAAAAAGAAGGAAUUGGUGAAGAUUGGUGAUUUUGGUAUUUCUAAAGUUUUAAGUAGCAAAAGUAAAGCUUUCACUGUUGUAGGAACACCAUGUUAUAUAUCACCAGAAUUAUGUGAGGGAAAACCUUAUAAUCAGAAGAGUGAUAUCUGGGCUCUAGGGUGUGUAUUGUAUGAGUUAGCUAGUUUAAAAAGAGCUUUUGAGGCCACAACAUUACCUGCUCUGAUAUUAAAAAUAAUGCGAGGAACUUUUUCUCCAAUAUCUGAUGUCUAUAGUGUAGAGUUACGUUCCCUGAUAUUAAGUAUGUUACAUCUGGACCCUAAUAAACGACCUCAUAUAAACCAGAUUAUGGCUCAACCAAUAGUUAUUAAUGCACUGAUGUAUUUACAUACUGAUAUGGGGAGUGUGCCUUGUACAAGAAUUUGUCGUCCAUUGUCAAACAUGCCAUCUUCAUCAAGGGGAAGAACUGCUGUCAAGGGAGGUAACUCAGCUAGAGGUAGGUCACUUAUACAAGCAUUAAGUACAGUAUUUAGUUGGGGAGGAGGUGUUAAUACACCUAUCAAACUUCCUCUACCGAGUAGUGAGACCCAAGUAAUACAAGUCUCUACUGGUCGAACUCAGAAAGCUGCUGUCACCAAAAAUGGACGACUGUUCUUCUGGGAGAGUUCUGGUGUAAGUUCUGAAAGUAUUAUACCAGGAGCAGUAGAUAGUGGUACCAAUAUACCAGUAUAUGUACCACGAUAUCUGGAGGGCCAGGCUGCUGUUACUAUACAUCAUGUAGCUUGUGGAGAUCUGUUUAAUGCUUGUCUUACAGAUCGAGGUAUAUUGAUGACUUAUGGUAGUGGAGCUAAUGGAUGUUUAGGCCAUGGAAAUUAUCAAGAUGUUGCUCAAGCUAAAAUAGUAGAAGCUUUACUAGGAUAUGAGGUAGUACAAGUAUCAUGUGGAGCAUCACAUGUAUUAGCUGUAACCAAUGAACAUGAAGUUUUCUCGUGGGGUCGUGGAGACAAUGGUGAAUUAGGUUUAAACAACCAAGAAUCUUAUCCUUGUCCUCAAGAAAUACCUAUAGCAGGUGAAGAGAUGUUACCAAGUCAUGUUUAUUGUGGAGUUGAUUGUUCUAUGAUAAUCACUCAAGAUGGUCAGUUAUUGGCUUGUGGAAACAACAGAUAUAAUAAGUUAGGUUUAGAUGUAAUAGAUGAAUCUGGUACCAGUAUAUCUACUGUAGAAGAACAAACAGUAUUUACACCAGUCAGAUCCUAUCCUAUUACUAAUAUUAAAGUUAAACAUGUAGCUCUUGGUACAUCUCAUUCUGCUAUUCUAUCAGAAGAAGGAGAGUGUUAUAUGUUGGGUACUAAUCAAUUUGGACAACUAGGAUGUGAUGAUACACUGUUACCACGACAACCAUAUCAUAUUACACUGUUUAAUGAUAAAAUACAUACACUAGCUUGUGGUGAUACAUUUACAGUAGCAGCUUUACAGGAUGGUGAAGUGUACACAUGGGGUAAAGGGUCACGAGGUAGACUAGGACGUCCAGAUCAACAAUCUAAUUUACCAAUGAAGGUCAAUAUAACUGGUGAAGAACCCUUUCAAGUUGUUUGUAUUUCUUGUAGUCAUGGUAACACCUUACUGGCUACUAAACGUAAGUACUAA